UUAAAAAGGAUAGUUUCCAUUUUCCACGCAAAUAGAAAAAUGGAGGCAGAAAAAACAACGGUGAAGGGAAACCAGAGAAGUGGGAAAAAAAAAAAAAAAACCAUUAGCGGCCGCGCUUGUUCCUCUUUAAAUAAUACAUCAACUAAUAUCUAUCAUAUUCAUAUAUAUGAAUGGCAGCACAAAUGAAAUGAGUAUUCUUUCAGCUUCUGUAUUUCUAUUAUUACUACAACAGAAUGGUAAGAUCGACGACAGCAAAGCACGGUUUCGCAAAACCCAUCAUUAUUCUUCUUUCCUUUGUUGCUCUUAUUGCUAUUUCCUUGACCCGUGAUUUCCAUUCCGCUUCUUCUUCAGCUUACCUUUCUCGUGCUGCCACUUGGUCUCCUCAAAAAUACCAUAUUGUUCCUCCUAACGUCUCCAAUGAUUCUCCAAAGAUUGCGGAUGUUGUAGGAGGAAGUAACAGGGAUCGUUACCCUGAGAGAGCGUUGUCCAUGACCUAUGCUGAUUUGCCUGCUCCUGCAUUGAUAUGGGAACAGAUGCCAUCUGCACCUGUCCCUCGUUUGGAUGGCUAUUCUAUUCAGAUCAACGAUUCCCUUUUUGUUUUUGCAGGUUAUGCAAAUCUAGACCAUGUGCAUUCUCAUGUUGAUGUGUACAAUUUUUCAACAAAUACAUGGACUGAGAGUUUCGCAAUACCAAAAGAUAUGGCAAAUUCACAUUUAGGGGUGGCUACUGAUGGAAGAUACAUAUAUAUAGUGACAGGACAAUAUGGUCCUCAAUGCAGGGGACCUACAGCUACAACAUUUGUUUUGGACACACAGAACAGAAAAUGGGAAAGCUUGCCACCAUUACCAGCACCAAGGUAUGCACCAGCAACUCAGCUUUGGAAAGGCAGGCUCCAUGUGAUGGGUGGAAGCAAAGAGAAUCGCCACACCCCUGGAAUAGAUCAUUGGAGUCUUGCAGUCGCAAAUGGAAAAGCCUUAGAGAAGCAAUGGCGCAAAGAAGUUCCCAUUCCUCGCGGAGGACCACAUAGGGCCUGUAUUGUUGUUGAUGAUCGGCUUUAUGUAAUUGGUGGUCAAGAGGGUGAUUUCAUGGCCAAACCUGGCUCACCCAUCUUUAAAUGUUCACGAAGGCUCGAGGUGGUUUAUGGAGAUGUUUAUAUGCUGGAUGAAAGUACGAAAUGGAAAGCGUUGCCUUCUAUGCCAAAACCGGAUUCACACAUAGAAUGUUCUUGGGUUAUUGUAAAUAAUUCCAUUGUUAUUGUUGGAGGCACAACAGAGAAGCAUCCUGUGACCAAAAGGAUGAUUUUAGUUGGAGAGGUGUUCCAGUUCAACCUAAAUACACUGACAUGGUCUGUCAUAGGAAAGAUGCCAUAUAGGGCGAAGACGACACUGGCAGGAUUUUGGGAUGGAUGGUUGUAUUUCACCUCUGGACAGCGGGAUAGAGGACCAGAUAAUCCACAGCCCAGGAAAGUAGUAGGAGAUAUGUGGAGAACCAAAUUGAAACUGUUACAUUGAUGCGUUGUUUAUUCCUAGCGACCAUGUCGCUUUUCAAUGUAAUUGAAUGUCAAUGUCAACUUCAUUCAUUAUUUGCAAAGAGAACAUAUAGAUUUAAUGUCAAGGUUAGGUUCAUACACUAGGCAGUAUCAUUUAGGCAGUCGUAAUUAGCUUAUUUGGCGACUCAUCGCCAUCUCUGACUUCCAAUAGAAGUUUGUCAAAAGCGCGUUGAUUCCAAUUGUACGAAAAGACUACAAACAAAUAUAUAGUGAAGCCCAGAACAUCCUGUUUGCUUUUAGCAUA